GACGACGACGACCACAACGACGACGACGACGACGACAACGAUUAUUUACCCAUUCAAAUAAUUGGCGCUAAGUGCUUCCUUCACCCGGAGCGCAGUUUGAGAAGCCGUACUCGCCACUACAUUGAUGUCGUGUUGUUACUUUGUCGUGUUAAGUUAAGCAUUGAUUAACAUCGCAAGUAAAAACGCUCGAUUCAGAUCAGAGACGAAGUAUCAUCUGAAUCGUUAAAUCAUCGAACAGAUGCCUUUCGUUGUCGAUGUUGUUGUUGUUGUUGCUAAGUGAAGUCUUGAAUGCGGUUGUGUCGAAGCGGACAUACGGAUAUGCGUUUAACCGAAUCGGUGUUACUGUUACUUCAUUGUAUCGGGAUAAAUCAAAUAACGGCUAUAAAUGAGUGCACAUGUUGGCCUGUAUCGAGUGGCAGUGGGCCACAGCCGGAACUAAAAAUUCACAAUCGCAUAUUCAUCGGGGAGGAAUCUGCCAACCUUUGGAUUGCUGCAGGUCCACGACCCACAGAUCGUAUUCUAGCCCUCGUUCUUCGCCAAGUGCUCAAAAAUACAGUCGGCUUCAAAGACGCUCAGUUGUUGAAUGCUAGUUAUACCUAUCAUGAGUGGCUAAAGCAAAUGUCGUGCAACGCCGUAGAGACGAAUUGCUCGAAUCGGCCUAUGCUUCACGUCGGUCUCAUCGAAACUGGUAAUCAAACUUCGACCUUCAACGGAUUCGUACAUUCGAUCGGUGAAUUAGGACCGCGCGUGAGGCGCGGCUGGUUUAUCCCUUCUAGGACGGUAAAGGAAGCCGAAUUUGGUCAGGGCCCAGAUCACUGGCAAUAUUUUAGUAGACAAAAUCUGGCUAAAAAUUUUGAAUUUAAUGAGACACAGCUAAACGUGUACACGGCCAUGCCCGAUGGAUCUGGCAAGCGUUGGUGUAGCCGCCUAGGUGGCUUUGAUGAAUGCGAUGACACAGGCCAGUUCGUACCAGAUAGAUGUCGAAAUCAAACUUGCGCAACCCUUUUAACUGCCUUUCCGCACGAAAACUACCAUGAUUUGUUGAUGCAAAUAAAGAAGUUAAAACUUUUCGUUAAAGUAGCAUGGGUCGGUAAACGCCUUGAUAACUUGAUUAGUUUCCUCAGCCAGAACAAUAGUCGCAUUGUGUUCUUCGACUAUUCAAUAAGCCCAUUGACGUUUGACAAAGAGGAGAUGACCGAGGUAUUGUUUCCUUCAUGCGAUACGAGCGGACAACCUGACGGCUGUAUCUAUCAUUCGGCAAGGAUGCUCAAGCUAGUAUGGCAAAAUAUUAAGCAAGGCGCAAAGCAAGCGUAUCGUCUCAUGGAAAACGUAAGACUCACUGCCGGAGACUACCGUAGCCUGAUGUCUGCGUAUCGAAAAUCGUUAAGCGAUGACGAUGACGGACUUCUAGAUGUGGCCUGCGAUUUGUGCAAGUAUAAACUAAAUAUAGGGAAAUGGAUGGAGAACGUAAAAGUAUAUCCUGAAAUCCCUGUGUUAACAGUUGUACAAGCGGACAGAAACUCGGUCGAGCAUGCCACCCUAUUAGCUAUGGACAAGAUAAAUGAGGCAAACAUAAUUCCAGGCUACAUAAUGAAUCAAACGAUCAUACAUGGAAAUUGCAAUGGCGACACCGUCGUAAGUAGCUAUAUCGAAUCGAUCACAACAAAUCACGAGCAAAUCAUAGCGGUCGUCGGCUCAGAAUGUAAUCGUUCCCUAGAGAAUCUCGUCGGCCUAGCCAACUACUACGCGCACACUGUUAUUAGCUAUAACACCGAGAGUGCUACGACGAAUGAUCAAAGCGGCCAUAACUAUUUCUUUCGUAUCGCACCCGACCCUUCGAUUCUAUACGGAGCAUAUAUAGCCUUCAUGAAAAGCCAGUACUGGGGCAUAUUCGCGCACUUCUUCGAUAAUGCGGCUUCGUCUUGGAAUACCCAUCUACGUGCAAUGGCCGAUAUCCGCCAACUAAAAAUGGAAGCUUCGGUUAAGUUAAGUUCUAAAGAAAAUCCCAGGGACGAUCUACAAAUCGUAAUUGAGAAAGGUUACCGAAUUCUAAUUGGUGAUUUUCAAGUAUCAGUAGGUCUUCGAACGAUGUGCAUGGCUUACGAAUUAGGAAUGACUUGGCGUAAUAAAUAUGCUUGGCUGUUACCCCCAUGGCUGCCUAGGAACUGGUUCAACGUCUCGCUAGAGGCAUUGCCGGAAAAUUGCACGGUGGAAAAGCUCGAUGAUGCUAUAAACUACUCGUUCGCCUAUCAGUUCAAAGAAUUAGAGGGAGACGACUUUAAGACAGAAGUUGGCUUUGCAAAUGUGUCCGACUUUAAACAAAAAUACUUGGAAAAAUUCUCCCUGCUCCCUUACAUAGGAUAUGCUUACGAUGCGAUCUGGGCCUUAGCCAAGGGCCUACGAGAGCUACAGGAACUCAACCAGGCUACUAUCUCUUUACUUCAAGAACGGAAUCAAACGCACGUUAAAAAACUGAUAAACAGCAUUCGAAGUAAUCCUUUCAAUGGAGUCUCUGGACCGGUGCAUUUUGUAAAUAAUACCCGUAAAAUAUCGCAAAUUGAUAUUUACCAGUACGUCGACGGUGUGUAUAAUUGCAUCGAUUCAUUUUUCCACACCCGGUCAGACUCACUGGGCGAACAAUUCGGACUCAUCUCACAAAUAGAUCCGGAGAAAUUGCCCAAGAACGUAAAAAAAUGCGAAAAACAGAAUCGAAUUGUGUAUCGUUACGGCCCAAUCACCGAUGGAAGCCCCCGCACUUAUCCAAACAACUGCUCGUCACCGUUAUUCACGUUAAUUAACGGAUUCCUAGGGCAUCGUGUGGGAUGUGACGUAGCGAUGGUUAUCUUUAUCGUCGCCGUAAUGCUAACAUCGGUCGUUGUAUUGUCGCUCGCAGCUGGCGGUCUACUGCACCGUUACUAUAGGCAAAAAUUGAAAAGGUUCGAACAGCAACAAAUAUCGCCAUUCAGCGGUCUUUCCGAAUAUGAACUACCGGAGGACAGCGUACGCAUCUACCGAUCGCUCGGAGAAGGCGCUUUCGGUAAAGUUUACCUUGGUGAAUACCUUAAAGAAGAGAAUUGCGUCUUUCCGGUUGCUGUCAAAGCGGCAAAGGAUCCAAAAAAUCUCAACGCGAAAAUGGAGCUGCUCAGCGAAGCAGAAGUCAUGAAACGCUUUGAGCACGUGAAUAUAUUGCGUCUUAUCGGAGUCAUUACGCAACAUGACAAAUGUCAAAUUGUUACUGAAUUUAUGAUGUUUGGUAAUCUCAGAAGCUAUCUCCAAGACCGUCGGCACCUCGCCAUCAAAGGAGAGAUCCACUCUGCACAUCUCACCCGGAUGGCGCUAGACAUUUGUCGAGGCCUGUCUUACCUAGCUAGUUUGAAUUACGUUCACGGCGAUCUUGCUUGCCGUAACUGUUUAGUUCACGAAACGCUAACUAUCAAAAUUGCUGAUUUCGGUUUUUGUAAAAACCUUGUGGACGCAGAUUACUACCGUAUCGUUCGGUCUGGUCCUAUGCCGGUACGAUGGAUGUCGCCUGAACUUCUGUCUACUGGAGUCUAUCAUAUUCAGUCAGACAUCUGGAGUUUUGGAGUUGUCCUUUACGAAAUAAUCACAUUUGGCGCUUAUCCAUAUAACGAUUUAGAUGAUAAUAAGGUCCAAGACCACAUUCGUAACGGGGGUAUGCCUACAUUACCCCAAAAGGUAUCGAGCAAACUAGAGGCACUGUUUCUUCGAAUGUGGAUGUUCAAGAAAGACGACAGACCAACAGCCCUUGAACUUUUUGAAAUUCUGACCGCAGAUAGCGAUUUGGUGCAUCCUGCGCUUGAAGAAAGUCCAUCCAGACUAGACUACAUCACUAUCGGGGCGCAAAAUCGACACUCAAAAAGCACAUCGUCUCCAGGACCCACGCGGACAAAUAGACUGCGCGCCCGUUCUCCGCCUGGAAGUUCCCACAAUACUGUGCAAAGAAUACGAUAUAACACAACGACCGCCACGGCCCGAAUAAACAUCGACAAGGCAUUUUAGAAUAUAACAAACAAUGAUCACAUAGAAACAGCCAUAUUCAUGAAACGAUGCCACGUGAUGGCGCAGAAAUCUAGACGGGCCACUAUGCUAAUCAUGGGACCCAAAAAGCUAAACGGACUCUGUCAUACAGAAUAACAUCUUAAGCAAGCUGAGUAAAUACAUUUGUUAAUACGCUGUCUACGAUUUAAAUCUAUCAACUACUAGAGAAAUUACAAAGCUGAUACACGUCUUAGAUUUUACCCCUCCGUUAAGACAUAUUCUAACCCUAUAGGGUUUAAAUAUACAGUAUGCAGCACAAUCUGUGGUCGGUCUAAUUAGAGUCCCAAUAUAUGCGUUAAAUAUACUUCGAUUACUUCAUCUGCGCACUAUUCUGCGUUAUCCAUAAUAUUGUAUAUAGCAGCAAUACAAUGAAAAGUUUCCACGGGGAAAAUUUUGUGAGGUGCGUGUUUUAACCGUUCUCAUCCUGAUGAGCUGUUGCACAUUUUCUAUGGAGUCAAUAAAAUGAUGACUGUUUUGCAUAUCCUGUAAAACACAGCAGGAGCUAUUGGAAUUGAAUGCAUUAACUAAUCUAAUCCGAUGUACUGUACAAGAUCUUUGCAGAGACAUGAUACUUGAGAGGUUUCAGGGAACACCCGCGCUUGUAUCAAUGUGUUUAUAUGAUAAUUCAACUACUGAACAGUGAAAAUGGAGCAACGGCUAAAUGCAGAAGAGUGCUGAAAGAAAAAAAGAUUUUUAAAAAAAAAAAAAAAAAAAAAGAUGGCAGUCUCUAAUGCUGUGUCAGAGGUUGAUAUAAAAAAAAAAAACAGCCUCGAACAGAUGAACAGCUACAUAAUAGGGCCUAGACUUUCUUUAUUUCAGCCCGAAAUGUUUAUAUGUCGAAUCGUUCAAUCAGCGUUCGACACAGCAGUCAGCAUAAGACCCAGUAGAAACUGAUCGCGUCGCCAAACCUACGCUGUGCACUGGUUUCCUUAAUAAUCCCCACUAAACCUUAGAUAAAAACGCAAUGCGUUACAACAGACCGAUAUGUGACUUUCUUUAGCCAUGAUCCACGGUAAAUGGUCCUGGUAAAAGGUAAACGCCAACAUUUGAUCACGAAAGGAUGCUUGCGGAUCUUAACCAGACCAGGGAACGGAUGUGUUAUGUCAUCGUACUGAUUUUACAGACACGACAAUAAUAUAGUGACCCGAAUAAUAACAUAUUUGACGAAAAUGAUGUAAUAUUCUAAUUCUCAUCCAUGAUGUAUGUGUAUGUAAGUGUGCUCUUAAUGUAUUUCGAAAACGAUGACAGCCAAAGCCUGUUCCCGGGUCACGAAUCAUUAUCGAAUAAAUGCGAAGUUACACCAUCGUUAUGGGCAACAUCCCGUAUCAUGUGGAUCGAAUGUGCGUUCAUUGGAAGACUCAUAACGAACAGAACGACUGUUUUAUUAGACAUUGCAGUUGUGGUUCUCCUGUUGAGAAUAAUAUAUGUGCAAAAAAAAACAAGUUUUACAUUUUUA